GGUGAGUGUGUGAAACAACUCUCACCCCGCAGGAAGUCUGAAUAGUCCAAAGAGCGUUAUUCCUCGCCCUCGAAAUCACAAAACGAGUUCGUUCUCGACCAUUGAAAACGUCUCUCAGGAUUAAAUGUCAAACGCGCGUGAGUUCUGAACGCUAAGCGCGUGCCCUCGAAAAAGACUUGGAAAGUUAUCCGCAUUUGUGCAAAAUUAUCAUAGGAGUGACGUUGAUUUGCUUUUAAAACUGAACUGUUUUUUUUUUAAUUGGCUGGUAUAUUCUAAGAGUUUCAUUUAUUUUAAUGUGAGACUAAAGCAAAAAGCCUCCUGCCAUUCCAUCAUGUAGCACCACUAGGCCCCCCUUUGAAGUGUCUUGACCAUCUCCUAUUUGGAGUUAGUAAGCUCCGCCCCUUCUGAGAUCCUGAGCAUCAGGAGCUUCUUACUGGUAGAAGGUUAUUAAAUUCCCAGCACAGACUGGCUAACUCUGAUCACUCAGGGCAUCUCUCAGCACAAGAGCUCACUGGAAGCAGGGUCUCUUUUGGGUCACCGGUUCAGCCCAGCUUGUUUGAUCAGAGUGUGUUGAGUAACACCGCCAGCAUGACCAAAAGCACUGGGGAGAAGCCACGGUCGCGCAAUCGCGUCCAGCAGAUCCGAGAGGGAAUUCACCUGCGUUCCCUAAAGGCGAGGAAGAAAGUGGAGGACAUCACUAAAGAUGACGUGAAGACCUUUCUGAGAAGAAAUGCUUUUGUCCUCUUCACCAUUGGAGCUGUGGUCUUUGGUAUCAUGAUGGGUUUUGCUCUGAGGUCGUAUAAAAUGUCAUACAGAGAAGUAAAGUAUUUCUCCUUUCCUGGUGAACUAUUAAUGCGUAUGCUGCAGAUGCUAGUGCUUCCCCUUCUAGUCUCAAGUUUGAUUACAGGCAUGGCAGCACUGGACAGUCGGGCCUCUGGAAAGAUGGGCAUGCGUGCAGUCAUAUACUACAUGACCACCACUUUCAUCGCAGUGUUCAUUGGCAUCAUUAUGGUUCUGAUUAUCCACCCGGGCAAAGGCUCAAAGGAUGAAUUCACUAAACAGCAGAAGAUUGAGCAGGUCAGCCCAGCUGAUGCCUUCCUUGACCUCAUCAGAAACAUGUUUCCUCCUAAUCUGGUUCAGGCCUGCACUCAGCAGUUCAAGACUCAAUAUGGCAAAAGGAUCAUUCACGUGAAGGUGAUCGUCAACGAUUCGAUAUUCAACCUAACUAACGCCACCCAGGAGAUUGCCCAAGAGGAAGUGAUCCCUCUCUCGGGAACCACCAGCGGGGUUAAUGCCCUCGGGCUGGUGGUGUUUUCAAUGUGCUUCGGCUUGAUCAUUGGGAAUAUGAAGGAACAGGGACAGGCUCUUAGAGACUUCUUCGACUCCCUCAACGAGGCCAUCAUGCGACUUGUUGCUAUUAUUAUGUGGUACGCACCAAUCGGUAUCCUCUUUCUGAUUGCUGGAAAAAUCGUGGAAAUGGAUGACAUCACUGAAAUGGGCGGUCAGCUCGGCAUGUAUACGAUUACAGUAAUAAUCGGCCUUAUGAUACACGGCAUGAUCAUUCUCCCGACUCUGUACUUCGUCAUCACGCGGAAGAACCCCUUUAUCUUCAUCACGGGUUUGCUGCAGGCCCUCAUCACGGCUCUCGGUACCUCGUCCAGUUCAGCCACUCUUCCCAUUACCUUCAAAUGCCUCGAGGAGAAUAACAAAGUCGACAAGCGCGUGACUCGAUUCGUGCUGCCUGUCGGAGCAACGAUCAACAUGGAUGGAACAGCGCUGUAUGAAGCCCUGGCGGCCAUCUUUAUCGCCCAGGUUAACAACAUGGACAUGAACUUCGGGCAGAUCAUAACCAUUAGCAUCACAGCGACUGCUGCAAGUAUCGGGGCGGCCGGAAUCCCUCAGGCUGGUCUGGUCACAAUGGUGAUUGUGCUGACCUCUGUCGGACUCCCAACCGAUGACAUCACCCUCAUCAUUGCAGUUGAUUGGUUCCUUGAUCGACUUCGCACGACAACUAACGUCCUGGGAGACUCUAUAGGAGCUGGAAUCAUAGAGUUCCUGUCCAAAGAUGAGCUUCAGAAUGGCGAUGUGGAGUUGGGAAGCUCAGUGCUGGAGGAGAACGAAGUGAAGAAACCUUAUCAGAUGAUCCCUCAGGAGAAUGAAUAUGAGAAUGAGAAGCCACCAGACAGCGAGACCAAGAUGUAGAAAAUGCCCCAACCAAGGAUUUUUUUUGUGUGUGUUUGCGUUUGUAUAUGUACAGUGGCCCUAAAAAUAUAUGAACACCGGAGAUACACUUAAAAUUUAUAAUAACUGAAUUGCUUUUAAUGAGAAAAUAUCAAACUAAAUGGCAAAAGAAAUAUAGUAUAAGCAUGCUAUUUAAGCAUUUGGACACUUUCUGGUUGUCAAACUCGAAAUAAGGUUCAUUGGUGUGGAUAUGAACUACAUUUCAUGUAUUUACAAAAAUCAGUUUUGAGAAAAACCCCAAGUUGCUGCUUGGUUUGCAAUAAAAUACAUACACUUUUGAAGUGUUGAUUUAAGUGUCUAAAUAUUUUAAGGGGCAUUGUAUAUGUAUAUUUAAUUUUGUUUUUUAAUAUUUUGUUUUCAAACUACUUUUGACCUUUUACUGUAAUUUUGUUCUUGUGCUUUGUCUCCUGUCUGCAGGUCAUACUGAUUGUUAAAUUCAUUUGGCAGGAGAGUUUUACCUUGAUAAAAAUAUAUUGUUUUUUUUUUUUUAUUGCUAUUUCAAUAUUUUGAUAAUUUGCUGAAAUGUGAAUCCAUGUGAAGGGCAUUGGUAUGUUGGUGUCCAGAGUUUGUUACAUGCUUUAUAAUACAAGAAGCAAGGUUUAAAUCUUAAUGCCUGGUUUCAUAUACAGGGCUUAGCCUAAAUCAGGAUUAGUUCCAUAUAGUUCAAUAAGGACAUUUAAGUCAUUUUUAGAGUCACCUUAGAGAAAAAAAAAUCAUUACUGGUGUGUAUCUUAAAUCAAUGGCCCUGACAGAUUUUUAGAUAAGUGAGUGCAAGUUUCAUUCAUUUGAAACAGCUCAGAUUUACAUUUAGUCUAAGACUAGGCUUAAGCCUUGUUUGUGAAACCGGGGGUAAGAAUAUUAAAAUGGACAGAGUCAUGAUUGCACACAGAACUGAUUUUAAGCAGAAAUGAAUGUCAGUAAAUUAUUCAUCUGAUGAACGGACAGAAGUUCAUUACACUUUGUUUAAUGAACAAGUUCAGUACAGGGGCAGGAUUCCAAGAUUAAAUACUUUUGGGCUCCGUAUAGUGAUCAUAUAAAAUUGAGUAUAAAAUAUGUCAAACUGUAAAUAUCAAGAGAAAAUCAUGUUUAGCUUUAAAAGUCAGCAGCUUUUACAGCAGAUAUUUUACGUUUUUUUUCAGCAGCUCUACACUAAUAAUCUUAACUGAACACACACAUACUUAUGCAUUUAUGAGAUUUUUUUUAUUGUUCUGCUAUAGUUCAUCCACUGACCCCUUUAUUAUCAUUUGCUAACAUUAAUGAUAAAUAGAAAUAAUACGUAGCUGCUACUGAUUAUUAAUUGUAGGAAAAUGGACUGAAUGUUUACAGUCCUACGGUUGCAAUGACAUACAAAACGGAGUCAUUUUGAAAACUGUAAAUCUUUCGAAAACAUGCUAUAGACACAUGUUGGACUCACAUGUACUCAGCUGGAAACUGUGAUCUUAUAUAUGUUUGCCUUUUUUUAAAUGCUUAGUUUUUUUCAUGUUGCUGUAUAUUUCCUGUCACGUUCAUAAAAAAGCAAAAUGGGUGGUUAGAAUUAUAGAAUAAAGAGCAUACGGAUGUUGUGUGUUAAAUAUAGUUUUGAAUAAAAUGGAGAGUGGCGA